CUUCCUGCGGAGCUCCGCUAGAGUCUGCAGUCAGAGCCCUCUCUCUCCUCCGAGCGGCUCCACUGCCUGUGGUUCUGUCUCUGUCUCCCUCUCCGUCCCCCUGACAGCCCGACUGCCGGGACCAUAACCAGACACGGUGAGGUGGGGGUGGGGGAUUCUCUGUAACGGACCAAGCCGGUGUUUUCUCCGUGUCCUCCGUUUCCUCCGGGGUGCUCCUGUCUCCGGAUUGGGGCUCCGGACUGGCGAGCUGAUGGUGCCUGAAUGAGCUAACCUCCGGACUGUCCUCACAGAGCCGCACAGGCAACGCCGUGUCUGGGACUGGGACUGUUGGUGGGACUGCAGGUCAUCGCUUGGCAGUUAAUGUUUUGCCACUUCCCUCUGAGGUUGGAGGCCAGUUGGAGUUGGGCGCCGGGUCCUCAGUGGCUGCAGUGAUGCGAGCUUCUGUGGCGGGCUGCAGGAUGAGCUUGGGUGCGCUAAUUAAUGGGUUACUCGUCUCCGUGAUUGCAGCCCUACUUUGGAAGUACUCCAAGCUAAGCGAGCAUGCAGCCUCACUGGAGGAGGAGUUGCAUAUGACACAGCAGUCCAAGGAGCUCUCUCAGGCCCGCAUUGACUACCAUGUUGCCCUGCAAUCUCUCCAGGAACAUGGCACCCGCAUGGUGUGUACUGGCAAGAUGCACACCGACCGCAUCUGCCGCUUUGACUAUUUGUGCUACUCCUCUGAGGCAGAGGAGUUUGUGUUUUUCCACUCCAACUCCUCUGUCAUGCUGCCUAAUCUUGGAUCUAGGCGCUUUCAACCUGCCCUACUAGAUUUAUCCUCAGUAGAGGAUCACAACACCCAAUAUUUUAACUUUUUAGAACUCCCAGCUGGCGCUUUAAAGUUCAUGCCCAAACCCGUUUUUGUACCAGAUGUGACUCUGAUCCUCAACAGAUUCAAUCCGGAUAACCUUAUGCACGUAUUCCACGAUGAUCUUCUCCCAGCCUUCUUUACCAUGAAACAGUAUUCCGACUUGGACGAUGAGGCACGUCUCGUGUUCAUGGAAGGCUGGGGUGAAGGGCCACACUUCGACCUCUAUCGACUUCUCAGCAGCAAGCAGCCACUUCUUAAAGAGCAGUUGAGGAACUUUGGAAAACUAAUGUGUUUUACUAAAUCUUAUGUUGGUUUGUCUAAAAUGACCACCUGGUACCAGUAUGGGUUUGUUCAGCCACAGGGGCCCAAAGCCAACAUUUUGGUUUCAGGGAAUGAGAUCAGACAUUUUGCCAAGGCUUUAAUGGAGAAAAUGAACAUAACAAAGCAGGACGAGGCAGAUGGAGGAAGCUCAGAGCAAGAGAAGGAGAGAGACAAGAAAGAUGAAUACAUCGCUGUGUUUAGUCGUUCGACCACAAGAUUAAUUCUGAAUGAAGCAGAGCUAAUAAUGGCCUUAGCCCAGGAGUUUCAGAUGAGAGUGGUUACAGUAUCCCUGGAGGAGCAGUCUUUUCCUAGUAUCAUCCAGGUGAUUAGCGCUGCUUCCAUGUUGGUCAGCAUGCAUGGAGCUCAGCUCAUCACCUCAAUGUUCCUCCCCAGAGGUGCAACUGUGGUGGAGUUGUUUCCCUUUGCUGUGAACCCAGAGCAGUAUACUCCAUAUAAAACCCUCGCCACUCUACCAGGCAUGGACCUUCACUACAUUUUUUGGAGGAAUUCUAAGGAGGAAAACACUGUCACCCAUCCAGACAGACCGUGGGAGCAAGGCGGCAUUGCCCACUUAGAAAAAGAUGAGCAGGAGCGCAUCCUGACAAGUACGGACGUCCCAAGGCACCUGUGCUGCAGGAACCCGGAAUGGCUUUUCCGGAUCUACCAGGAUACUUUGGUAGACAUUCCGUCAUUCCUCGAGGUCCUCAAAGAUGGCAUGAAGAGUAAGCCUAGCCUGAAAAAAACAAAGAUAGCCAGCACAGUUCACCCUGGCAGGGUCAGAGAAGCCCACUGUCAGACAUCAGUACAAACCCCUAAUGAGGCCAAACUCACAGUCUCUUGGCAGAUCCCAUGGAAUCUAAAGUACCUGAAGGUGAGAGAGGUUAAGUACGAGGUAUGGAUCCAGGAGCAGGGAGAAAACACCUACAUGCCUUAUAUCCUUCCUCAACAGAACUACACUUUCUCUGAGAACAUAAAGCCCUUUACUACCUACCUGGUGUGGGUGAGGUGCAUCUUUAACAAGAACCUCUUAGGUCCGUUUGCAGACGUUCUAACAUGUCGGACCUAAUAAACACAGAGCCACCCUGUCAAUUUCUACAACCUCACUGGAAGGGGCUACUUGAUUAGAUUUAGAUUAGUCUUGGUAAAUAAAUGGUGUUAAACAGAUCUUUGCAGUUCCAGGACAGACAAAGCCAACAUGAAGACUCUCUCCGUCUUCACUGGAGGACUCCUCUACUACUGGGUGAUGAAAACUGAAGUUUAUUUAUUACACUUUGAAACUCCUCUACUGAUAUUACAAGAACUUAAAUGAGCAGAUGUAUUUAUGAGAAGAAUAUUAUGAGAUUUUAGGAUUAGUCUAUACACUGGAUUCUACCUUUUAGAGUAUGCAAUGUAGCUUCUGUGUUGUAGGUGAAGAGAUGUUAUAUAAAUAAGCAAGGUUUUUUACAUUUUUCUGACUUGUCUAAAGUGUGUGUGCGAAUGGAUGAUUCCAUAAAUUACUCAUAAUAUACACAAACCAUCCAAAAUCAAACCAACUUGUUCUAUAAACUUAGUUUAUACCUGCUGCGUUUAUUUGUAACUUCAAUAAACUUUGUUUCAUCCGUCAGAUGGUUUGGAAAUGUACACAGUCAGUCCUUUAAAGCAUUUGGAAUAAGUUUCAGUAACAGAUUUUAGCCCACGCCACAAAAAUCCUUCUUUUAAACUCUUAUGUUCAGAUAUGUGUAAAGCACUGCCUCUUCUUAAUUUUGUUAAAUGUUAUAAUUUAUCUUGAAGUGAAAAGUACAUACCUCCAUAUCUGCUUCAGUGUUUUUUUUUGUUUUCUUGUCUCAUUUAAAUAUUUCAAAUCAUCAAAUAUUAAUAUCUGAUAAAAAACAACCAGAGUGAAUACAAAAAAGACAGUUUGCAAGUAAUGCUUUUAAAACUUAUCCAAACCAACUGUUCACCUACCAAACAUAAUGACUGUUCUUACCAACAACUGCCAUAAAGUGUUUUUGAUAACUGGUAAUGAGUCUUUUCAUCACUGGAAUCUAGACUUUAACUUGGCCACUCCAAAAGGCCUUUUUAAAAGCAUCAAGAAAUUGACUUGCUGGUGUGUUUUUAAUAGUAGUUCUGCAGUAUGUGCUUAAGUUCAAUAUCACACACUGAUUGCUAGACGAGGGCUCAUUUUUGGAAAAUACUACACGUCUAACAUAAAAACCACACCGCUUGUUUGGCAAACUUCAAGUGUAGACUCAGCAUCCUGGACGCCUCCCUGGUGAGGUGUAACAGGCACGUCCUACUGGGAGGAAUCCCAGAGGAAGACCCAGGACACGCUGGAGGGAUUAAGUUUCACGACUGGCUUGGGAACGCCUUGGGAUUUCCCCAGAUGAGCUGGCCCAAAUGACUGGGGAAAGGAAAGUUCAUUUACCCAGGCUGCUGACCCUGGGUAAAUAUAAAGCAAGUGAUAGAUGGAUGAACAUUGUCACUACUAACCAUCAACAGUUUUCCCUCCCCCGUGACAGUGACCUUUGUAAUGAAAUAUGAUAGUUACUGAGAAAGAAAAAGAUGCAGUAGAUAGACUGAAAGAUAGAACGAGACUGAUGAAAAAAAAGAUAUAUAUAUAUACGCACAGUUCCCUAAUGUUCUAUUGAAUAUGUAGACUUAUUCAAGACAUGUUUAAGUACUCCUUCAAUAACUGCUAAAUAUAUUUUGUUUGUAUUAAUGCUCAUUACAUUACAGCAAUCAAUUGUUCUACAGAGUAAUUAUUAAAAGACAGUAGGGGCAAAUACUGUUUAGCAAUGUACACUUUAAAUAUCGAACACUAAAGUACUUUCUUUUUCUUUAUUUGGUGCUAAUCAAAAAUAAUAGUCAAUCAGUUUUUGUGCAGUAUUAUUUCACAUGACAGUAUUUAGUAUUAAGCGAUGCCUUCCUCGACUCCAGUCUGCAUCAUUUUCAUCGUAAUAAAACUUGCCAGCCUCAGGUUUUCUUUCAACUUCAUGGUUGCCUGUCAAAUGUCAUCAUUUGCCGAUGAAUUGCAGUGUUGUGCUUCUCCUUUAUGUCAUUGAAUUAAAGUGUUUAGUAGAUGAGAUUUAUCAAGAUAUUUCUAUGGAAAUACAAGAUGGACAAAACACUGCCACCAACAUAAGUUCCUUUGGUUAGUGCAUGUUUAGGAGAUUAUUUGAAGACUUUGCAGCAAACCCAGGUUGUGGUGGAUUAGAUAUGUGUCUGUGCUGUUGGUUAGUUUUCUUUGUUUUCCUGCCACUCCUGUAGACAUGAGUAAAACCAGAAUGUCUGUUUUCUACACUAGAAAUGGAUGGAUUUUUCCCCCAAGAACUGUGAAUCAAUAAAUAGUUUUUUGUUACACUGUGUG